UGUCAUGACAACGUGACAGCUCACACGCUUGCACAACUCCAUCUAAUCUAAAGUUCAAGGUAUCAUAGACAAGUCUGGUUUGGUACACUCGCUGCCAUUCAGCUCUACAACUGGUGACUGAUUCGCUUGUCUGCGAGAAGAGCUGUUAAACUCAAAGAAACCAUGGGUGAGUGGGGAUUUCUGUCUUCGCUGCUGAAUAAGGUCCAGUCCCACUCCACGGUCAUCGGGAAGGUCUGGCUCAGCGUGCUUUUCAUCUUCAGGAUCAUGAUCCUUGGAGCUGGAGCAGAGAAGGUUUGGGGUGAUGAACAGUCCAAGAUGGUUUGUAACACCAAACAGCCUGGUUGCAAGAACGUGUGCUACGACCACGCCUUCCCAAUCUCACAUAUACGAUUCUGGGUCCUGCAGAUCAUCUUCGUCUCGACACCCACACUGAUCUACCUUGGUCAUGUCAUGCAUGUCAUCCACAAAGAGAAAAAGCUGAGAGAAUAUAUACAGACCCACUCUAGCAGUGAAACAACAAAAGUUCCAAAGUAUACAAACGAGAAAGGAAAGGUGCAGAUUAAAGGCAAUCUGCUGGGAAACUACAUGGUCUCCAUAGUGUUCAGGAUCCUCCUGGAGAUAGCAUUUAUUGUGGGGCAGUAUUAUCUGUACGGGUUCGUCAUGGACCCAUUAAUUGUCUGCUCCCGAGCCCCAUGUCCCUACACUGUUGAGUGCUACAUGUCUCGACCCACUGAGAAGACCAUCUUCAUCAUGUUCAUGAUGGUAGCAUCCUGCCUGUCGCUUUUGCUCAACGUGGUUGAGAUCUUCUACCUGCUGUGUUGUCGCUCAUCCAGACGAAAGGCCAAAACAGUGCCGAUGACCGCCAUUCCCCUUCACCCCCGUUUCACCAGUGACACCAUGCUGAAAAAUCAGAAACUUAGUCUCAAUGAUGUCAGUCACAGCACUGCCUGAGGAGUGCUGCUUUGAUCCAAUGUGCAGUAUUUGAACAGUUAACUAGGGGCAAAUAACAAAGAGGCUAAUAGGGAUACAUUGCAAGAAGCUUUGGCACACGUUUGUAAAAAAGAAAAACAAACGUCUUUCACAGCUAUUUAUUUUAAAUGGUUAAAAUUCAUGCAAUAAACUCACACAUCUGAAACAUCCAAAACAAUCUGAUGUUUGGUAUAUUGUCACUGGAAUAAAUUGUUUUUGUCUCUUUUUAACUUACUUUUGGUUUUGUACAUAAUAUUACAGAUGCAUGUUUGGGUAUUAGUUGAAAAGUCUGAUGUGUAGCCUGUGACUACAUGGGCUAAAUAUCUAGAGACUAAAUUUCUGAACCCACUGCUGAUAUUUUUUAACUGCUGCAGUUUGCAUUUACUAAAAGCCAUUUUGUAGCGCUAAGAAGGUAGGACUGUUA